CAGCUUGACCCACGAUGCACCUCAAGCGGUUAUUUUUACAAGGAUUUCGAUUUCAACAUUUGAAUCGUAUAGUUCUAUCUAUCUACUACCUUAUUCACAUCAUCUCUGCGCAAUCACCAUGCGAUGGAACUACUCAGCUAAAUGUAACUCGUACAAAGCAGUACCUCACCACGCCUUUUUACGGUCAAGCUAAUUAUCCUCCAAAAAUGGAUUGCUUUUACGUAUUGGUGGCGGAACCAGGCAACAGGAUAUUGGUAGAAAUACUGAAUAUGGAUAUGGAAGCGCAAAUAUUUCGCUCUUGCCUUGAUUAUAUCGGGUUUUAUGAAGGCAAACAAGAGAGAUAUUCGCGGCCAUAUUUAACUUUCUGUGGGCAGCUCCAAAAUAGACAGGUCACAUCACAAGGUUCAUCUUUGACGAUUCGAUUUUUUUCUGACGAAAUUAUUGAGGGAAAAGGUGCGAAGCUCACCUACGAGGCAGUGGCAUUCGGGGAAUGCGAUGCAGGAUGGCUGAGCAAGGAGGAUGGAAACUGUUACCGAUAUGUGGAGGCAUACCCAAGGGUUGGCUGGGCGGAAGCACAGGAGCAGUGCAGUCAGAUGCAGUCAAACCUCGCACAAAUACGAGACGAACGGGACUUCGAGUUUUUAGACAAAGCAUAUGGUCACUCGUCAGCCCAUGCAUGGAUUGGAUAUACGGAUGCAGAUGAGGAAGGGAAUCUGAAGGGUGUUGACAGCAAAUCAAACGCUAUUUGGCCAAAACCAGCUUUGUCGAAUAAUGCCGAUGUUCGCGAUUGUCUUUACCUGGACUACUCGCACUCUGGCGAUGAAUCGUAUCAACUGGCGGAUUGUCGCACGAAGCAGACAUUUAUCUGCCAGAAGCACAACAACUGGUCUACAGUAGCUGUUGAGUCUCAAAAAGACCGCAUACGAAGGGGGUCACUAGAGACGAGCACUGGAAAUACAAUCUGGCUUCUCAUUUUGGUUCUCCUAAUUCUUCUGACGAUUUUGCUCUGCAUCGCAUUCCAGGCUUGUUUGAAAAAGCGAGAUCGAAAUCGUGUGUCGAGCUCGGAAAGCAAUCGCCUAGUUCAUGGAAGCGAGAGUGGUCCUGUGCAUGUGAACGAAAUGCCAGUAAAGUCACACCGAGUGGAUGAAAUCAAUUAUCAAAAGAGUGCAGCCGUUGACCGUGGAGCAGCAAGUCAUCGCAAAGCAGUUCAAGCAGUUCAAAUGCCACAUGUACAAGAUGAGGUCCACGCAAGCCCUGUCGAGAUGACGCUAGUACCAGCAAAAGAACUCCCUAAACUAGUUGACGACACCGAAACGAAAAUUUUGGAGACUGCAAAUUUGACAACUAAAGAGCAACAACCAUCUACAACGGUGGUUAAUGUACUACCUGCUCGUCCACCACCACGAAGUUUACCGCCAUUAUCGAUCCAUGAUACGACGCUGCAAAGUAUGAACACAAGGGAUGAAAGCUUUUUACGGAGCAAACGAAGUUCUGUGCUGUUUGAUCGACCGAAAAUGAAUGUGCUGGAGAAUGUUUCUGCCAUAUCUUUGGACGAAUUCUGGAGCAACACCAAAAACUAA